UCGCGCUCCCCCCCUACCCGUGCGAAAGGAACACACACCCGCCGCGCGCCGCGGUGUGCUGCUGCGCAGGCAGGCAGCUCAGCUUGGCCACAGCCACAAAUUAACCUCACCACCAGCGCUCCAGCAGCAACGCAACAGCACCACCAUCUAGGCUAUCUAGCUAGCUAUCCGCGUCGCCGUCGCCAUCCCCAUCCCAUCUGGCCACAUCCCAAAGGCGUCCGUCCGCCGCGCUGUGCAGCCGUCAAUGCGGACGCCUGCGGCCUAAUUCUUCUGAUCUUCUCCCUCCCUCCCUCCCCGUCUAGCUCCCGUCCUCUUCCCCUCUCUCUCCGGCCUCCGCUCCAGAGUAGCAAGCAACAGAAGCGCGUGCGUACACGCAUACACAGGUAGAUCCGAUCCCCGCGGCUACGCUGCCCUAUAGUGGCGUCGUCGCCCGCGCUGCGCAACAGUGUCUCUUCUCUGCCCAUCUACCAGGCUCCCAGCUGUUAGCUCCAGGGCAGGGCAGGCUCCAGCUGCUGUCGUCGCAGCGGAACCUAGCGACGAGGUACUAGCAGCGAGUGGAAGUAAGGAAGGAGCAGGUGGCGGCGGAGGCGACAAGAAAUACCGGAGGAAGAAAGCGUGGAGCGCGCUUGUGCCGCUACUGGUUUGUGGUGCUGGUAGCUAUGGAUCAAUUCGCUGGUGCGAGCGGGCGAUUUUCUAGAGAGGAGGAGGCGGACGAGGAGCAGGAGGACGCGUCCAAUUCUCCCCGGCGCGAGAUCUCCUUCAUGCCGGCGGCCGCGGCCGCCACCGCGUCGUUGUCUUCGGCGGCUGCCUCCGCAUCCGCCUCCACGAGCGCAUCCGCGUCCGCCUCGGGGACCAGCAGCGCCGCCCCCUUCCGCUCCGCGUCGGGGGACGGCGCCGGAGCGUCCGGGAGCGGUGGUGGCGGCGGCGGCGGCGGAGCGGUGGACGUGGAGGCGGUGGAGAAGGAGCACAUGUUCGACAAGGUCGUGACUCCCAGCGACGUGGGGAAGCUCAACCGGCUGGUGAUCCCGAAGCAGUACGCGGAGAAGUACUUCCCACUGGACGCGGCGGGCAGCGAGAAGGGCCUCCUCCUCAGCUUCGAGGACACCGCCGGCAAGCACUGGCGCUUCCGCUACUCCUACUGGAACAGCAGCCAGAGCUACGUCAUGACCAAGGGCUGGAGCCGCUUCGUCAAGGAGAAGCGCCUCGUCGCCGGGGACACCGUCUCUUUCUCCCGCGCCGCCGCCGACGACGCGGGCCACCGCCUCUUCAUCGACUGGAAGCGACGGGUCGACACCCGCGGCCCGCUCCGCUUCUCCGGCCUCGCGCUGCCGAUGCCGCUCGCGUCGCAUCACUUCGGCGGCCCCCACCACUACAGCCCGUGGGGCUUCGGCGUCGGCGGCGGCGGCGGGGGCGGAGGAUUCUUCAUGCCGCCGUCGCCGCCCGCCACGCUCUACGAGCACCACCGCCUCCGGCAGAGCCUCGACUUCCGCGGCAUGACCUACCCCGCGCCGGCCGUGGGGAGGCAGCUCCUGUUUUUCGGCUCAGCCAGGAGUACGAUGCCUCCGCACGCGCCGCUCCAUCCGCCGCGCGCGCCGCCGAUGCCACUGCAUUACACGUUGCAACCGAGCUCCGCUGGCGUGGCGGCCGCCGCGUCAAGGCCGGUCGUCCUUGACUCGGUGCCGGUCAUUGAGAGCCCGACGACUGCCGCCAAGCGCGUGCGACUUUUCGGCGUCAACCUCGACAACAACAACAACUCGCAGUCAGACGGCGGCGAGGCUAGCCAUCAAGGGAAUGUAUUGUCGCUGCAGAUGCCCGGGUGGCAGCAAAGGUCAACACCGACUCUAAGGCUGCUCGAAUUGCCUCGUCAUGGCGCGGAGUCCUCCGCCGCGUCGUCACCGUCGUCGUCGUCUUCCUCCAAGAGGGAGGCGCGCUCAGCUUUGGAUCUCGAUCUGUGACCUAAAGGGAAAAAAUCAAAGGAAAGUUCAACAAUUCUUUCUUCUGCUUGUUUUCGUUUUUCCUUACCUCUCUUUUGAUUAAUCCAUUAUAGCUUUUGAUGAUGAUAGGAGCUAGGAUUUGACGGUUUCCUUGUUUUUGGCUCUUAACUUUUUUGAUGAGUUGGUUUGAGAAGAUACAGAUAAACACUAGGAAAAUCGAUCAGUGUUUUUCCCAAAUCCGUGUCAUGUUCUUCAUUUGUUCAGCACUCAUGAUCUGAAUUUUCUCGCGCUGUUACAUUCCGCUCAUGUGUAUACCUGAGCACCCCGAUUUCAUAGGAAAUUCCCUACAUAUGAUAACAUGUGUGUGCAAAUCUGUCUAUCAUCUCCUAACAUGUGUCAAGAUUUGAAGACAUCAUCCAUCAGCGGAAUCAUGCGGUGCAAUCGAUGAAGAAGCAGCAUGGAUCGAUCUUUGUCGUGAUCUUAUAAAUCUUCUAGAACAAAUUGACUCGCAACUGCAGAAGCACGGAUGGAGGAUAUUCAUGGAUCGCGCGUUCACGACAGAGACAAGCCUGAAGCAACAAAUUGCAGGUGAGAUCUUAAAAUCCCUCGCAUUCGGUACUGCUAUCUCAUCAUCUCACAUCUACGGGGAGGUCGACAUGGACAUCACUUAUUGCACUGGUACUGUACUGCUGUUCUUCUAUGCGUAUCAUACAUAUGUAUCGAGGAUUGAAGAGGCUACCGCAGCAAGAAUAAACAAGGACUCCUCCUUUUCUUGCUAAGGAAGGGGAACACAGAAGUAACUCCCAUCUGUGGUCCAAAUUACGUAUAGUUUGGAUUGUCUGGGCCUCGACGGCAUACUGCAUAGUAUACAUAUGUACAGUACAGUUCGAGCUCAGGCAGCAGGGAGUCAAGCUAUAGAGAGAGAGAGAGGGAGACCCUUUAUGGUCAUAACAGUGAUCUACUGAUCUGUAAAGAGCUACUGGGCAUUGCCAACAAUGGCGCGCCACUGGCCAUAACGCCAUGGUACGCCUGCCAGGAAUUUAUGGGGCGAGAGGAGGACGAUCGGCGUACAAACCUAGCUGCGCACUGUUGCUGUGGGAGUAGGAACAGUGCGUAGGUGUUCAAACCUGAUGGCUGCCGCUGCAGCCUGCAUGUGUUGCCAGCUCCUGCCCCCUUCUUGUUCGAUGUGUAGUGUGUUGCUUCGAUCGAGGGGGCUCGCAGCUCGCUCGAUCCCCUUGUCCCUUUUUACUGCACCAGCCUGCGAGUACUGCAGGGGCGCGGUGUGGGAGCAAGAGAGGCCACGUACCGGCCUCCCGUCAGCUCAGCUGGCUUUGGGGCUAGAUGUCCGUAACGACCUAGCAAUCUGUAGGGCAUGGGUACGGUGCAAUUCUUUUUGCAAUGGGAUGGGUCGGAAACUUAGAAGGGAUGGGCGUUGAACCUCACAGUUACAAGAAAAGUGCCUUUGGUCGUCUACUGAAAGAGGGGAAAGAGCAAGAGGGAUGUGUGGUAUUGGGAAGGUGAAAAGGGAAAGGCCAUGGCUGUGUUUGUAGCUGUAGCCUUCUUCAUAAAAGAUGGAAUGGAAGCCUCUCAUAUGGAGUAAGUGCCUGCUCACUCUUUCUUCUGCCUUGCUGUGUUCAGCAUGUACAGAUGUAGUUUCUUUCCAAGUCCAAACUCAGUCCACGCUAUGCGCCUAUGCAUGCCUCUGGAUAGUUCAUCGUUCUGAAGUAGGGAUAUAGCUUGAUUUAGAUAGAUGCCUUUUUCUGCUCGCGUGCUGUCCUCUUUUACAUUCUUCUGUCAGGCUACUUAUUAUUAGAAUCCCCAUGUAUAGGCCUAGGCCGAGACUGAAAAACUGCAUCCUACAUCAAAACAGGAGGCUGAAAGGUCCAGGUCGUGCAUUUUGGCCUAGGCCUUGAAAUCUAGCUUAUUUGAUGGAAAUAGAAAUUCAGUAACUGAUGCCUAAGACUAGUUUGUUUUAUAGAAUAAGCAGGAAAAAAUAUAUAAUUGGAUGUCCUAAGUUUAAUUUGCAGAGAAGUUUCUUUUAUCGACCUAUAGUCUACAUCAUUGUUCCUUCUCCUCAUCUCUGCACUUCAUCAUAUUAACUUCUUUACUUUUGAUAGGGAAAAUUGGUUUGUUAUUUUUGGUUUGUAAAUGAUAUGAUUACUGAAUAUCAAGUGCAAUGGCUUCAUUAGUUACUUUAGUUUGGAAGGAUCAUAUUACCUUUUAAUCUCCAACAUAUUGCUAGUUUGCUACCCCGAAACCUUCUGAUCGAUGUAGCAUCUUCAUUGAUUUCACUACAUCAAUCUAAGUUAUCAUGCUUCAGAACUGUCUUUGUUUUUCACCGCGAGGGAGAAGUACUUGCCUUUUUAAUAUCUGAAAACAUUAUAAGCUCAUUGUGGCUGAGGGUUAGUAUUAACAGAUUAGAUCGAGAUGUGAUCUAGUUCUAAUUAACAAUCUGGUUGAAGAAAAACAAAUCAUUUAGCUUCAUAUAUGUUAUUAUACUCGAUCUAGCUAGACUGGUCUAUUUUAUUUUUCCUAUAGGUUCAAAUGACUGAAAGGUUGACUUGAAUAACGCUUGAAUAUUACAAAUUUGUAGGAACAUUUAUGAAAAUGUUUUUAAAAGAAUAUGUGUGGUGUACCAAUCUGCCAAAUCGGAGGUUCUGAUAUAAUCUCAGGAGCUAGCUAGUAUAUCUUGAUUUUUGAGGUAAACAUUCAGAUUAAACAGCUUGAUUGUUGAAAAUGAAAGGACAGUGUAUGGGUUUAUUUUGUCCGUAUCUGCUUGCUCCCUUGCGGAAUUACACAGUAGAACUCCUGUAGAGGCACAACCUUUAACACUGGUGAAAAGGCACUCUUGCGGGUCUUGCCUGUGAUAUUUCUCUUGGCCAUGACAGUGAUUUGAACAAUGUUAAUAAGGUACCUAUGCAUAAUAUGUUAUUUCUUUA